CACACACACACACACACAUGCACAGACAGACCCCCCUCUCACACAGGAGUAGAUAGAGAGCGGUGAAGAGCAGAAGGAGCUGGGUGGCAGGAGAGAGGCAGGAGGGCUGUUGUUGAUUGAACAAAGCCAGGAAAGGAGUGCGCAGUCCUAGGGAGAAGAGCAGCUGUGAAAUGCCUCGAAGGGAACCUUCCAGCUACUCCUGCAGAGAACUGAAGGUGUUGAGCUUCAGCUGAGGAUGGCAGGAGAUUCUCGAGUCCUCAUGGACCACAACAUGGAGAUCGGAGUCACACCUGCACAGGUGAAAAAGCUUCCAAAGCACUUGAGGGAUGCUCAGAUCUCGACAGAACGAACCCACUUGAUUUCUGACCCGGUGAAGAAGCCACGUCAGCGAUACGUGCAGAAGGAUGGCAAGUGCAACGUUCAUCAUGGAAAUGUGCAAGAGACCUACCGUUACCUCAGUGACUUGUUCACUACGUUGGUGGAUCUACGUUGGCGUCUUAGUUUCUUCAUUUUCACCUUGGUCUAUGUAGUCAACUGGCUUUUCUUUGGCUUUCUGUGGUGGCUGAUAGCGCUCAUCCGUGGGGAUCUGGUGCAUGCUGGAGAGGAGGGCUGGACCCCCUGUGUGGAGAACCUCAACAGUUUUGUCUCAGCCUUUCUCUUCUCCAUUGAAACAGAGACCACAAUUGGGUACGGUUAUCGCGUGAUCACAGAAAAAUGUCCUGAAGGUAUCAUACUACUUUUGGUGCAGGCCAUCUUGGGCUCCAUUGUUAAUGCCAUGAUGGUGGGCUGCAUGUUUGUCAAGAUCUCUCAGCCAAAGAACCGUGCCGAGACCCUCAUGUUCUCACACAAUGCUGUAAUAUCGGUGCGAGACAACAAGAUGUGCCUGAUGUUUCGGGUGGGGGACCUGAGGAACUCUCACAUCGUGGAAGCAUCAAUCCGAGCAAAGCUGAUCCGCUCGCAGCAGACCAAGGAGGGGGAGUUCAUACCACUCAACCAGACCGACAUCAACAUCGGCUUUGACACAGGAGACGACCGGCUAUUCCUGGUGUCACCGCUUAUCAUCUCUCACGAGAUCAAUGAGAAGAGUCCCUUUUGGGAGAUGACGCUGGCUCAAAUGGAGAAGGAGGAGUUCGAGAUCGUGGUUAUCCUUGAGGGCAUGGUGGAGGCCACAGGAAUGACAUGUCAGGCACGGAGUUCCUACCUGGACACAGAGGUGCUUUGGGGCUAUCGCUUCACACCGGUUCUCUCCCUGGAGAAGGGCUUCUACGAGGUAGACUACAACAACUUCCACAAUGUGUAUGAGACCAACACCCCCACCUGUAGCGCCAAGGAGCUAGCUGCUAAGCUUCGGGAGGGACCACUAUUGCCCCAGCUUUCAGUCCUCAGCCCAGAGGCCAAAAUGCAUACUUUUGACCCCCUAACCCACCAGUCCAAAGCAGACCCACUCAGCCAGGAUGAGAACAUGGAGGAGAAAGAUUCAGGGGGUGACAGGGGAGAGACCAAUGGCUCAGCUGCUGCUUUGGAGGAGCCGCCCCUCGCUGACAGACUGCCUGACUGAUGGCCGCAUAAGCUGAAAACCCAGGAGACAGGACGAGAGGGCAGGACAAUAUAAUGCUUCAUUUAGUCAAUGGCUAGCUUGUUCCAUUGCAAUGCUUGGAGAUACAAGGCAGCCCUCGACUCAUGCAAUACUUCUCUACUUAGAGUGUCAAUCUAUAGUAUAGAUUGGUUUUGUAGACAUGUAAGUACACAUACACAGACACACACAUACGGUAUCUAUAUCUACACUUAAGAGUCGGUGGCUCAUAUUGUCUUUUUAUAAACAUUAUGACCACUUACUGCUAUAACAGCUCAAGUUGUAUAAUGUAAACUUGAUCUGAAACUGGUAGCCAUGACAAGAGUACCAUGGGCUUAUUAUGGAUACUCCAAUAUUCUCAUUUUAGAGUGUGUUGAUUCAGCUUCAUUUGGUCAGAGUAUCAGUCUCAUCACCCAGCUAAUGUGUCUGACAACAGCUUUUGCGUGGUAAUGGAACCUUGUUAUUGAUUUUUUUUUUUUUUUUUUUUUUUUUUUGAAUGUAGGGGUUUAUUAUUUACUUUCUCUGUCAGUGUUGUUAUUGUGUUAGAAACUGAGUUCACGUAGGAGGAAAUGUAUUAGGCUUCUCAUUGCCAUAGACAGGAGAAGAGAAGAUGUAGGAAAUUGUUCUAUAAAAGGCAGCGUCUACUGGCAACCACUAUCCAAUUUGUUUUUCUUUGUUCACACCGUCCUCAUGGUUGUAUUGUCAUAAAUGGUUUCAUUGCAUGUGUCUGAUUGUCUUACAGACAUACUGGGAGCCUUGACCCAAAAUAAAACCAGCUAGUACCUCAUUUUAUACUCAUUUUCAGGGUUUUAAAUUAACAAUAAAAACAUGCUGGUAAAACUUGUACACUAUAAAUAUACUACUGACUGACUAUUUUAACCAAUUUCUUGACUGGUUAAAGAUUUAAUUCCCCUUGCUGCUGAACCAACUAAAACAUUAAUUCCGGGCCCUUCUCUUGGUCCGUAAAGCACAAUUUACACACAUGAAUAUUUCAAAUGCUCCACAAGCAAAAUGAAAUAGUUCAUGUAUCCUUUCAUGUUUGUUUUGUUUUUGUUUUAAAUAUUUAAAACAUGGUCAGUCUCUUUCAGCUACGUAAAAGUCUAGCCAUGAUUUUUCAAUUUGCUUUUUUGCAAUGAUUUCUUCUUAAACUUACCUUCAGCUUUCACCUUUUGAUUUGAAGCUUUCUUUGUCCACAUACACUUGGUUCACUCUGCACUUUGGCCCUGUUCCACAAACUGCCCCUGGGCCUUUUGUUUGAUAUAGUUUAUGGCCCUUGUGACUACUGUUUUGGAAGCGGACACCUGUCCUGUGACGGCCAUAGCCUACAGUAUUAUUUAUUUAUUUAUUUUACUUUGAAAGGACACAUGUCAGAGCUUGCAUGCAUGAAUCGAUCCCUAUGCGUCCCAUUGCUGAGUAACUUUAAUACUGUAGGAAAUACAGGGUAUUUUCUAGGCAUGCAAAUUAUGAGAUUUCUACAAUAUAUUAUCAGAUAAUGUAUCAAUAUUCAGUAUAUCAUUUGUUGAAACAAAAAUGAGAUUCCUGAUUAUUUAAAAACUCCCGCUCCCCUAUUAAAUGUUUAAUUGUUUGUUUUAUCUUUUCUGUUUUUAACAAUGUAUUUAUUUUCACUGUGGCAUUUUAGCAUCUUACUACGUAGUCUAUUUGAGAACGAUAAGUUUGUCAUUAGAGAGAGAGAGAGAGAGAGAGAGAGAUCAUCUUUCAUUGCUGGAAUGUCAUCUGUUUUCUGUGUGUUCUCAUGGGAAUAAACAUAAUA